AAUAAACAUGGAGUCAAUCUUCCAUGAGCGGCAAGAAGGCUCAUUGUGUGCUCAGCACUGUCUGAAUAACUUGCUCCAAGGGGAAUAUUUUAGUCCUGUUGAGUUAUCCUCUAUUGCACAACAGUUGGAUGAGGAAGAAAGAAUGAGAAUGGCAGAGGGAGGAGUGUCUAGUGAAGAAUAUAGAACAUUUUUACAGCAGCCUUCUGUAAAUAUGGAUGAUAGUGGAUUCUUCUCAAUUCAAGUUAUAAGCAAUGCCUUGAAAGUUUGGGGUUUAGAACUAAUCCUCUUCAACAGCCCAGAGUAUCAGAGGCUUGGGAUCGACCCUAUAAAUGAAAAGUCAUUUAUUUGUAAUUAUAAGGAACACUGGUUUACAGUUCGAAAGUUAGGAAAACAGUGGUUUAACUUGAACUCUCUCUUGAUGGGUCCAGAACUAAUAUCAGAUACAUAUCUUGCACUUUUCUUGGCUCAAUUACAACAGGAAGGUUAUUCCAUAUUUGUAGUAAAAGGUGACCUGCCAGACUGUGAGGCUGAUCAACUAUUGCAGAUGAUUCGGGUACAGCAGAUGCAGCGACCAAAACUAAUUGGAGAAGAGACAGCACAGUCAAGAGAUCAGAGGCUACCCAGAAGUGAUGUGGACCAAGCAAUAGAAGUUAACCAUCCUUUUGAUGGAACAGGCAUGUUAGAUGAAGAUGAAGAGAAUUUUCAGAGAGCCCUGGCUUUAAGUAGGCAGGAAAUUGAUAUGGAAGAUGAAGAAGCUGAUCUUCGCAGAGCCAUUCAACUCAGUAUGCAAGGUAGUCGUCAAAGUGAGUUCUUGGACUCGUUACCACAGAAUGUUCCUCAGUCGCCUCACACCAGUCAGACAGACUCCCUUUCUUCAGAAGAACUGCGAAGGAGAAGACAAGUGUAUUUUGAAAAGCAGCAACAACAGCUACAGCAGCAAGAUCGGAUCCCGAACCUACAUGAUAAGCGAACUCUAAGCUCAGGCACUCCAGAAGCUGAUCCAGGAGGUGAUAUGAGUGAAGAAGACAUGCUUCAAGCAGCCAUGAAUAUGUCUCUGGAAUCUGUUAGAAACCACUUGAAUACAGAUGAGGAGAAAUGACCCAACUUUUUUUUUUCCUUCUUAUUGUCAAAACACUAAGUCUCCAUUAUAAUUUUACUGUGUGGAAGUUGCACAGGCAGGGUUUGUUUCAGAGUUCUGGAAGCAGGAAUAAAAGGGUGACUGGAGGUCAGAGUUUAGAGGGAAUCUGCAAAUACAAAAAAGAUUGCACUAAUUUAGAAAACUGUAGCACUCCUACUACAGAACAUCUGUUCAGAAGAGUAGCUGUAUUAAAAUUACUUAAACUAGUCACAUGAACAAAGUUAGACAUGUGUAGCAGCUGUAACUUGCAUUUAAAAAGCAAGUUUAAAUUGUUUUGAAGAAUUCUGUAGAAAAUACAAAAGGUGCCAAACACCAGCAUCAACUGAUUUCCUUCAGUACUAAUGGAAAAAUAAAAACAAGUAAUAAGUUGUGCUCAUAAAUGACUUAAGUUCUUUAUAAGAAAUCACUUAAAAUGGGGAAAAGAAUUAAAUUCUGUUUAUCUUAGAUAAUUUAUUUUAUGAUUGUUUAUUCUGAAUGACUUAACGUCAAGUUUGCAAUCCUGUUGUCCACUUUUGAAAUGACCCAUUCUGCAGGAGAAACAUGAAUCCAUAAAUUUCAUAUGAAAAUCUUCAGUGUAUUGUUGAUUAUGAUGUUACUCCUGAAUCUUUCAGUGACUUCUCACCUUCUGACACUUUCUGGUUUUGCUUUCUGUUCCAACUGUAAAACUUUCAAAUCCAUGUUGAAAAUAGGAUUUUUGCAUUGCCCUAUUGUCUUUUGGCAGAUAACUUGCCUUGUUUGGUUUGGCUUUUAUUUGGUUUUGAUUUUUUUAUGCUCUUUCUAGUUCUGUCACUGUCUGUACUAUAAAAGUAGCAUAUAAUCAGUUGGGUUAAACAGGUUUUCUGCCUCUUCUGGAGUCUUUUUUCCUCUUCAAGCUCAACCCUUCAUUCUGGCCUCUUAGUAUUAAAGAGCUGUAACUGAGUCUAGGAGAAAGGAGGAGGGGAUUUAGGUGCCAUAAAGUCAGUGCCACACACAUAAGAUGCGUUCCUGCAGUCUGAAAUGACCCCUGUGCAAGUAGACCUUUUAAGAAUUAAUAUUUAUGUUGGUGUGGAAGUUCUUUCUGAAAUGCUUUUUAUGAGUGUCUGUCAGAAUGUUGCAACUUUUUCAGGAAUGGCCUUUAUUCAUGCACCUUAAAAUUUUUAACCAUGCUGUUUCUGAUCCUGAGAAAAAUUGUGGAGCAAAGUAUGUGAGAUAGCUUAUGCUGUUGGUUGUAAGGCAUUUGCUUUGAUAUCCAGGAUGAAUGUGUAACAGGGUGACCAAACCUGACCUUCAACUUCAGUGCAACAAUUGAGAGAUGUUUCAUUUUCCUAAAUGGUGCUUGAAAUACAAAUUCUGUUUACAUAUAAAUUAUAUGGAAAUAUGAUGUAGGUAGAGUAUGUAAGCUGUAGUCCACUUACUGCAUUGACAGUUAGCACAGGCAUUCUAAGAAUCUUCUGAAGAUAAUCCAAAAUUUCUUUAUCAAAAUAUUCUAAAGCUAAUCAUUGCACAAUAGUAACAUUUAAUUACAAUUUAGUAUGAAAUGAAUGGUAGCUAGAUGGAAAUACACAUUCAGCAUCAAGUAGUACUGUACAUGAAAGGGCUUUUACCUCUCAGUAAAGAUUUGUUUACAGCAAUGGCUUCUUGAUAGCUUAGGAUAUUAUUCUAUUAUACAUAAUUGGGUUA